GAUCCUCCUCUUCCAACAUCAGUCAGAAGGUAAUUGCAACACAUCCAUCAGAAGGAUAAUGUGAUAGUCAAACAACAUAAUACGGAUAUAGAGGGUAUGAUGAAAGCUUCGUUCAAGAAUAUCAAUAUACUAGACAGAUGGAUCGAAACGAAAAUGGAUUUUUGGAUGACAACGGCUUGAAGAUGGACAAAAGCUGGAGCACAAUUUGCGAAAAUAGCAUGGUUGAUCAGUUAGCUGUAUUCAGACUUUGAAAUGGUUACUCCUGCCGUUAAGCACACCAUCGUGAAGAAGCGUACUGCUCACUUCAAGCGUCACCAAUCUAACCGCUUCAUGCGUGUUGGUGAAUCUUGGAGAAAGCCCAAGGGUAUUGAUUGUAACAUGCGUAGACGUUUCAAGGGUCAAGCUCCUAUGCCCAAGAUCGGUUACGGUUCCAACAAGAAGACCCGUCACCUUUUGCCUAACGGUUUCCGUAAGUUCACUAUCUCCAAUGUCCGUGAACUCAACCUUUUGUUGAUGCACAACCGCACUUAUGCUGCUGAGAUUGCUCACAACGUCUCCUCCAAGAAGCGUGUCGCUAUCCUUGAACGUGCUGCUCAAUUGGACGUUAAGGUUAUCAACGCCGGUGCUCGUCUUAGAUCUCAGGAGUAAAUUCUUUAUUCUCAAUAUUAUCAUUUACAUUUGUGAAUAAUGUAUUAAAUAUGCCGUUGAUUUGAAUAUCACACAACGCAAACUUCACACUCAAUUUCUUCGCAAGUUAUUAAAUCAUUUCGUUUGUUAUAAAGGAAGUAUGGAGGAUAUUGAACAUUAA